AACAGGCCGCCCGAGCGGAGGCCACCGGGGAGGCCGGUCGGACGCAAAUAGGGCGCCCGAGCCUGGGUGGCCGGCGGCGCUAAGAUGGUGUAGCCCGGGAGAGUGUGGAGACGCCGCCAGUGCCGGGCCGGCAGGCUGCCCCUCCCUGGGUGUGCGCUGCGCGGAGAGAGGAAGCGGAGCCGAAGAGAGCGGCCGCGGCGGCCUCUCUCCGCGCGCUGACCGGCGGGGGACUCGCCGCCGCCACUGCCGCGCGACCCCGGGCCGGAGAGCUGCUGCUUGCGCGGCGCCGGGGAGCCGCGUCCUCGCCGCGUCCUCGCCGCGUCCUCGCCGCGUCCUCGCCGCGUCCUCGCCGCGGAGGGAUGUGAGUGCGAGCCGCUGGCGGACGGGAGGGCCCCGACAGCCGACAGCCAGCGCCCGGGGCGGGCAAGGGCCACCGCGACCGGCCGGCGGCGCCGGGUUUCAGAGGCAGGCAAAGGAGCAAGAUGUGAGCCAGCUCUCUUCUGCAGCGAAGGAGGCCCUCCCCGCCCUGCCGGCGCCGGCAAAUAUUUUGAAAAAGCCUGCAUGGGAAUGGCCUGCCUUACAGUGACAGAAAUGGAAGGGACAUCAACAACUCCUGUGCAUCAGAAUGGUGAUAUUCCCAUCAGUGCUAGUUCUGUGAAGCAGAUAGAUCCAGUUCUGCAGGUUUAUCUCUAUCACUACCUGGGGAAAGCUGAGGGAGAUUACCUCAAAUUUCCAGCUGGGGAGUAUGCUGCUGAAGAAAUUUGUGUUGCUGCUUCUAAAGCUUGUGGAAUUACGCCUGUAUAUCAUAGCAUGUUUGCUUUGAUGAGUGAAACUGAAAGGAUUUGGUAUCCACCCAACCAUGUCUUCCAUCUAGAUGAGUCAACUAGGCACAAUGUACUCUACAGGAUAAGAUUUUACUUUCCUUACUGGUACUGUAAUGGCAGCAAUAGAACCUAUCGGCAUGGAAUAUCUCGAGGUGCUGAAGCUCCUCUUCUGGAUGACUUUGUCAUGUCGUACCUUUUUGCUCAGUGGCGGCAUGAUUUCGUGCAUGGAUGGAUAAAAGUACCUGUGACUCAUGAAACACAGGAAGAGUGUCUUGGGAUGGCAGUGCUAGAUAUGAUGAGACUAGCCAAAGAAAAGGAUCAAACACCACUGGAUAUUUAUAACUCUAUCAGCUACAAGACAUUUCUACCAAAAUGUGUCCGAGCAAAGAUCCAGGAUUAUCAUAUUUUAACAAGGAAACGAAUAAGGUACAGAUUUCGCAGAUUUAUUCGGCAGUUCGGUCAAUGCAAAGCCACUGCCAGAAACUUGAAACUUAAGUAUGUAAUAAAUCUGGAAGCUCUUCAGUCUGCCUUCUACACAGAGCAAUUUGAAGUAAAAGAACCUGGAAGAGGUCCUUCAGGUGAGGAGAUUUUUGCAACCAUUAUAAUAACUGGAAACGGUGGAAUUCAGUGGUCAAGAGGGAAACAUAAAGAAAGUGAGACACUGACAGAACAGGAUUUACAGCUAUAUUGUGAUUUUCCUGAUAUCAUUGAUGUUAGUAUUAAACAAGCAAGUCAAGAAGGGUCAAAUGAAAGCAGAAUUGUAACUAUUCAUAAGCAAGAUGGCAAAAAUCUGGAAAUUGAACUUAGCUCAUUAAGAGAAGCGUUGUCUUUUGUGUCAUUAAUUGAUGGAUACUAUAGAUUAACGGCAGAUGCACAUCAUUACCUCUGUAAAGAAGUAGCACCUCCAAGGGUGCUUGAAAAUAUACAAAGCAACUGUCAUGGACCUAUUUCAGUGGAUUUUGCUAUUAGUAAACUAAAGAAAGCAGGUAAUCAGACGGGACUAUAUGUGCUUCGAUGUAGCCCUAAGGACUUUAACAAAUAUUUUCUGACUUUUGCAGUUGAGAGAGAAAGUGUCAUUGAGUAUAAGCACUGCUUGAUAACCAAAAAUGAGAAAGGAGAAUACAACCUCAGUGGAACUAAGAAGAACUUCAGUAAUCUUAAAGAUCUUUUAAAUUGCUACCAGAUGGAAACUGUCCGCUCAGACAGUAUAAUUUUCCAGUUUACUAAAUGCUGCCCUCCAAAGCCAAAAGAUAAAUCCAACCUUCUAGUCUUCAGAACCAAUGGUGUUUCUGAUGUACCAACUUCACCAACAUUACAGAGGCAUAAUAAUGUGAACCAAAUGGUAUUUCAUAAAAUCAGAAAUGAAGAUUUGAUAUUUAAUGAAAGCCUUGGCCAAGGCACUUUUACAAAAAUUUUCAAAGGUAUAAGAAGAGAAAUAGGAGACUAUGGUCAACUGCAUGAGACAGAAGUUCUUUUAAAAGUUCUAGAUAAAGCACAUAGAAACUACUCAGAGUCUUUCUUUGAAGCGGCAAGUAUGAUGAGCCAGCUUUCUCAUAAGCAUCUGGUUUUAAAUUAUGGAGUAUGUGUUUGUGGAGAGGAGAAUAUUCUCGUUCAGGAAUUUGUAAAAUUUGGAUCACUAGAUACAUACCUGAAAAAGAAUAAAAAUUCCAUAAACAUAUUAUGGAAACUUGAAGUGGCUAAACAAUUGGCAUGGGCCAUGCAUUUUCUAGAAGAAAAAGUCCUUAUUCAUGGGAAUGUGUGUGCCAAAAAUAUUCUACUUAUCAGAGAAGAAGACCGGAAGACAGGAAAUCCUCCUUUCAUCAAACUUAGUGACCCCGGCAUUAGUGUAACAGUUUUGCCUAAGGACAUUCUUCAGGAGAGAAUACCGUGGGUACCUCCUGAAUGCAUUGAAAACCCUAAACAUUUAAACUUGGCAACAGACAAAUGGAGUUUUGGCACCACCUUGUGGGAAAUAUGCAGUGGGGGGGACAAACCUCUCAGCGCACUGGAUUCUCAAAGAAAGCUGCAGUUUUACGAAGACAGGCACCAACUUCCUGCACCAAAGUGGACAGAACUAGCAAAUCUUAUUAAUAAUUGUAUGGACUAUGAAGCAGAUUUUAGACCUUCCUUCAGAGCCAUCAUACGAGAUCUGAACAGUUUGUUUACUCCAGAUUAUGAACUCUUAACAGAAAACGACAUGUUGCCAAAUAUGCGCAUAGGCGCCCUGGGCUUUUCUGGUGCCUUUGAGGACCCAGACCCUACACAGUUUGAAGAGAGACACUUGAAAUUCCUGCAGCAACUGGGCAAGGGCAAUUUUGGAAGUGUGGAGAUGUGCCGGUAUGACCCCCUGCAGGACAACACUGGAGAGGUGGUGGCUGUGAAGAAGCUCCAGCACAGUACUGAGGAGCACCUCCGAGACUUUGAACGGGAGAUCGAAAUCCUCAAGUCCCUACAGCACGACAACAUUGUAAAGUACAAGGGCGUGUGCUACAGUGCUGGUCGGCGUAACCUAAGACUAAUUAUGGAAUAUUUACCGUACGGAAGUUUACGAGACUAUCUUCAAAAACAUAAAGAACGGAUAGAUCAUAAAAGACUUCUGCAGUAUACAUCUCAGAUUUGCAAGGGGAUGGAGUAUCUUGGCACAAAAAGGUAUAUUCACAGGGAUCUGGCAACAAGGAAUAUAUUGGUGGAGAAUGAAAACAGAGUUAAAAUAGGAGACUUUGGGUUGACUAAAGUUUUGCCGCAAGACAAAGAAUACUACAAAGUGAAAGAACCUGGUGAAAGCCCCAUAUUCUGGUAUGCUCCAGAAUCCCUGACGGAAAGCAAGUUUUCUGUGGCCUCAGAUGUCUGGAGCUUUGGAGUAGUUCUGUAUGAACUUUUCACUUACAUUGAGAAGAGUAAAAGCCCACCAGCGGAAUUCAUGCGCAUGAUUGGCAACGACAAGCAAGGGCAGAUGAUUGUGUUUCAUUUGAUAGAACUCCUGAAGAGUAAUGGACGAUUACCACGACCAGAUGGAUGCCCAGAUGAGAUCUAUGUGAUUAUGACAGAAUGCUGGAACAACAAUGUAAAUCAGCGCCCUGCUUUCAGAGACUUAGCGCUUCGAGUUGAUCAAAUAAGGGACAAUAUGACUGGGUGAAAGUAACUAACUUCGGAGACAAUUAGACUUACAGAAGAAAGUUGCAUGUCUCUUAUUGCUGUUGACUAUUGCUACAUAACUUAUUAUUUAUAUAAUGAUGCUGGUCAGCAAAGAUGUGAAGAUACCUGCUCAAAACCUUCAAAGAUUAGUGAGAUUUCUUCAUGAGGACACCAGUAAAAAUGUUUUGAUGAAUGAUCCUUUGCAAAGAAUGUCAUCUGACGUCUUAUGAACUUUAUCAUCAGCAAACACCACUUUUCUUUAGUAAAAAAGAAAAAAAGACUUUUUUCAACUCAGAUUCUAAGAGGUGAAAAAUUGUACAUUUUGCAGUGUUAAAGAUUUAUAGACUAUAUUUGUACAGUUCUUAUCACAGUGAAUAUAUAAAUCUUGGUAUCGCGUGUGAUGUUUUACACAAGGGCUGGUAUUCAUGAAUGUUUAUAACUUUCCCAUAGUUGACCUAAAGUAACUUCACUAUACAAAGCAGUUCAGAUGCUUAGGUAAUUGAAUAGGGAUCUUCAGAUCCUUGUUCGUCUAUCACUGGCCAGCAGUACAAGCACUUAGCUUGUAGUUCCAUGUACUGUAAAUAUUUUCAAAGCAAAGGGAACAGAUGUUUAGUUUCAUUUGUACAGAAAAUUUUCCUGACCCUACAGAACACCUUUUGAAAUGUAACAAGUUUACAAAGAUAUAACAUAAUCUAUUUUCCUAUUUGUGUUUCUUGUAUAUAUAUGUGUGUGUGUGUUUUAAGUAGAAUUAUCUCUGAAAUGCUUAAGAUUGCAGUGAAUCAUCUCUGAAAAAUAUGAGGUUAAGAAUGCCAUGGAUAUUUCUUGACCUGAUGACUGCCAAUAAGAUUCUUCAGUCCCUCACAUUUUAAAUGGAAAUAAGUCAUAUAACAGUUCUUAAUUUCUUAAUACAUUUUAUAGUUUUCCUAAAUGUAAGUUUGUGGAGAUGCAUAAUGAUUUGGGGGUUUUUUUGGUCAUUACUGGGGCUUUCCUGCUCUAGGCCAACUUUUUCAGAUAGACAAAGACAGGGAAAUAGCUCACAUGGCUAGUGCACUGCCCUGCCAUGUUCAAGCCUGGCCCCCGCUGCAUAGAUGGAAGCUUCUGUGCUGUAGUCUCUUCCAUGCUCUUUCUGCCUCUCUGAUGGUCUCUCCCUAAAUAAAUAAAUAAAUAAAUAAAGAUAAAAACAAACAAAGAAAUCAAAAAUAGAGACAGAGAUAGACAGAGACACCGCAGCACCGAAACAUCAUUCAGUGCGGUGAGAGCCAGCUUCAACCCUGGGUCGUGCCCGCGACAAAGCAAGGGCACUAAGUAAGCUGUCUUGCCAACCUGAGGUUUUUUUUUUAUACUAACAUAUUUUAGGGGUUCAGAGAUCUCUUUCCGUUAUGAAAACAAUUCCCCCUUUUAAGGAUCUCUUAUGUAUAAGAGGUAAAUCAGAAUAAACUGGUGGAAAAAGUA